UAUCAUUUUCUUUCGUCUCAUUUGAAAAUUUUAAAUUGCCGUUGCUAAUUCAAGUGAUUUUCGGGUCCAGAGAGGAAUAAAAAUUCUAUUUAUGCAAUAAAUUUUCGCUUUUUCGAGUGAUUUUCAUUCGCAACGAAGAUGUUUCUCGCAAGAAACAUUCGUCGCGUGCCAUGCCGGAAUUUGUGUCGAACAUUGAUGACGGAGCCCCCAAAGCCCAUCCAAUCUCCAGUUUUGCCUUUGAUUGCUACCACACAGCCUCUCAACCACCAAUCUGACUGGAUUAAAGUCAGUCCCACGCAGAUUUCCUUCGAUAUUGGCAUCCCAGCGACGCGUAGAAAGGAAAUUUUCGAUGUUCCUCUCGUUCCAAACAAAAUAAUCGACAAUCCGUUGUCGAUUCUGAAUGAAAUUGACGAAAUUAAUCGGAGGAUUCAGGAGAUCCAAUUGCCACAAAUUACUAAUAGGGGCACUCAGGGAGGCAUGGAAGCUUGUACCAAGAAGAAAAAUAACAGACCACUCGGAAUCAUGAUAAUCCGACGGAAAAAGAUGAAAAAACACAAGCGAAAAAAGUUGUGGAAACGAAUGCGAUUCGAAUGGGCCAAACGUCGUCAGCGCAAGGAAUUUCGCAAGGAAAAAGCUUUUCAUGCGGAACUUUUAGCGCAAAUUAAGGACGCGGAAAAAUUCUCAGCGGAAGAAUAUGUGGAACAAAAAAUCCAGAAGGCGAUCGAAGUUCCGUUGCCUCGUUAUUAUAGGGGAAAACGUCUCCCGGCGGAUAUAAUUCGACAAUUGAUCGAAGAGGAUCGCAUCAAAAAACAAAAGAGAGAAGAACGUUUGGAGCGUAUCGCGAAAUAUCGUCAUUGGAAGUUGUAGAUUGUAAAUUUUUAAAUAGAAAAUUAGUGAAAAAUUUAAGAAUUUUUUGAAGGUGAGA